AUGGCUCCUGCAGCGUACAUCAUCUCCCGUAUAGCGGACCCCAUUUUCGGCGUGUUUAUUGGACUCUCUGCUGCUGCUUUGCGGAUUAACCGGGAAGAGAAGGAGAAGGGCAAGACCACGCAAGAGACAAUUGAUGCUGCUUGUCGGUGA